AUGAAAGAGAAAAUAAGUUUAUUUUUUUUUAUUAAAUUUUUUACGUUUAUCCUUUUAAAUGAGUGUGCCAUUUUAUGUAGUGAUAGUAUCCUUUAUAAAAAUUUGGAUAAAAAAAACAAUGAUUAUAAAAAAUCAGGUAUUAGUAUUUAUAGAUUAGCAGUAGUUAAUAAAAAUGAAGGGCGUUCAAAUAUUGUAUGGAUGAAGGGUGUACCAAAUAUUGGAGUGUGUGAAAAAAAAGACAUAUCUAAUAAUAAAAAGGGGACCACAGGAAAAAAUAAAAAACAAUGUAAAAGUUCAUUAAAUAAUAAAAUAGUAUUUGAGAAAGUUAUGGAAGUUAAAUCUCCUGCAUAUAUUGAAGGAAAUACAUAUUUUGAUAAAGGUAAGUUAAAGCAUAAAAAUUAUGUAAAGAAAGUUGUGGAAGUUGUAAAAGCUGGUUCUAAGUUUUUAAGGAAGUGCGUAGAUAGAAGAGGAGUUAUUUUUAAUUUUAUACUUAUCAUACAUUUAGCACUUGCAGCAUCAGUUUUAAUAUCAACAUGUACUUAUUCUAUCGAUAAUAAUCCAAUGGAUGUAAAAUGGAUUAUUCCAUUUGUUUUACGAUCACUUCUUAUAUUCUGGAUUAUGUUUAUAUUAUGGCUUUUUUCUAUCUACCGAAAAACUGUAAAAUGUAAAAAGUGA